AUGGAGGCUCACGCUGUUCGAAUUCCCGCCGACGCGGAUUCCGUGCAUAGGGACCAUGUGGUGCCUCUGCGUGCCUGGCUGACCCGCAGCAGCAUCCUCUACGCCGGCAACGACAAGUGGUGCUUGGACCCCCGCGUGGUGCUCCUGUCCAACACCAAAACCCAGUACAGCAUCCAGAUCCAGGACGUGGAUGUGUACGACGAGGGCCCCUACACCUGCUCUGUGCAGACAGACAACCACCCCAAGACCUCCCGGGUGCAUCUCAUCGUGCAAGUGUCUCCCAAAAUUGUUGAGAUCUCUUCCGACAUUUCCAUCAACGAAGGCGGCAACAUCAGCCUCACCUGUAUAGCCACGGGCAGGCCGGAUCCCACCAUCACCUGGCGGCACAUCUCCCCCAAAGCAGUGGGGUUCGUGAGCGAGGACGAGUACCUGGAGAUCACCGGCAUCACCAGGGAGCAGUCGGGCGAGUACGAGUGCAGCGCGUCCAAUGAUGUGGCAGCGCCCGUCGUCCAGAGAGUGAAAGUCACCGUCAACUACCCGCCGUACAUUUCGGACGCCAAGAGCACCGGGGUGCCCGUGGGGCAGAAGGGCAUUCUUCAGUGCGAAGCCUCCGCUGUGCCCGCGGCAGAGUUCCAGUGGUUCAAAGACGACAAAAGGCUGGUACAAGGACAGAGAGGAGUGAAAGUUGAGAGCAAAGCCUUCUUCUCCAGGCUCACCUUCUUCAACGUCUCCGAGCAGGAUUAUGGGAACUACACAUGCGUGGCCUCCAACAAGCUAGGCAAUACCAACGUCAGCAUCAUCCUGUACGAAAUAAGUGAGCCCACAAGCUCAACCUUGUUCCAAGAAGAGACAACUACAGUCCUGACGCCCUGGAAAGGUCCUGGCGCAGUGCAUGAUGGGAACAAUGGCACAUCAAGAAGAGCCGGCUGCAUUUGGCUCCUGCCCCUCCUGCUGUUGCAUCUGCUCCUUAAGUUUUGACCCAAGUGCUGAUUCCGCGGAGUAGCGACAACAACAGCAACCACACGAAGAAAAAGUACAAAAUUUAAACAAGAAAAAUAAUUGUUAUAAGAAAGAAAAUAUUGCCAGGAAAUCUGGGGGAGGGGGUGGAGGAGAGAGGGGGAAAACAUUUUGUUUUUGUUUUUUGAAAAAAAAAUCCAAUUUUGUCUCAAUGACAUUUUGACACAGCUGAAUCGUUUUCUUUUUCUUUUUCUUCUUUCUGCAACCGACAAGUGUGCAGGUACUAAGGACCAACCAGUACAUUUGGCUGAAUGGCUCCCCCCCACCCAUGCCCCCAUUCCGAGGCAGCUGGCUCGGUCAUUUCUUUCCGCUCAACUCUCCCAUAUGGAUGAUUACGGAGUCGGCUGCUUCAGCACAUGCAUAGGCCGAUGUGCAGCUUGUUUUGAGAUUUUCCCCUCCUUUUCAUGGACUGUGCCGCCAUUUGUGUUAGUUUAAAAAACAAGCAAAAAUGUAUGACGACGAUACGAAUGAAAAGGAAGAAAGCAAACCAGUGGUUAAACAUUUCUUCAUUCUACGACGCACGGACAUCACAGAGAAUAAGGGAUUCUGAUUCAUUAUUAAUUUUAUUAACUAUAUUUUCUGAUAUGAGCUUAGAACUGUUAGUUCAUAAAAAACAACAACAAAAUGAAAAAAGCAAAAAAAAAGAGAAGUGUGUUUAUUAAGCAUUAAAAAUGAAACACGCAAAUAGUGUUCUUCUUAACUAGGUGUGCAAGAGGUUGCAAUCUCAGCUUGUCUUUGGGUUUUUGCAAAAUUGGUGUGAACAGUCAACGAGUCCUGGGGGAAAAAAAUGGUUUGACAAACAAUUCCUCCACCAGCGUUAUUGAAACUUCAUCCAUUUCUCUGGUGUUCAACACGGAAGAUACUCGGCUGUCUACAUACUGUUUUGGAAACAGUGAUACUCACUGUAUGUUGAGUUGGAUGGAUAUGCUUAUUCUUUUUAUGGGAUAUAUAUAUAUAUACAUACAGUAUAUAUAAAUAUACAUAUAUAUAUUAUUUUUUGUUAGCGUUCUAGCCACAUUAUUUCUCAGCAAGGUCUUUCUUCUGCCAUUACUGCAUGCUGUAUAUGGACAUAGCUGUGUAUUGGUCUUCUAAGAGAUGAUAGAGUUUAUUGAUGAUUGUGUAAUCAAUUCCUGCCUAUUAUUUUAUCCGCUCCUUCCCUUGGGUUAUUUACAUGUUGGAGACACUUAUUAAAAAAAAACCAACCAAACCAACCAACCAAUCAAAGCAAGGAGAAAUAACAGCUGCAGCGUCUCUUUCCAGGUUUGGAUAUUCCAAGGGGAAGCCAUGUAUAACAACAAGUAUUCUCCAUUACCCCCUUUUUACACAGCUUGGGACAUUAACACAACGCCACCACAAAUUAAAAAAAAAAAAAGUAAACCAGAAAAGAAACAAAACCCACCACCCACCUUUGAUGCAGCUGGUUUCUAGGACACUUGUGUGGCUAUGGGGAAAAUUAACUUGCUUUAUUUUAUUAUUUUGUUCCCUUCCUGGUGGAUGAAACUGAAGACAUGUGCUUCCCAUCAAGGUUCGGAGAUAGCCCCAUAGCCAGAGGACCGCCGGUGUCCUUGACCUGUUGGGGGGGGGGGGGGCCA